CGGCCCUGCGGGCUGCCCAUGAGCGCAAACACGAUGAUCUUCAUGAUUCUGGGGGCGUCGGUAGUGAUGGCCAUCGCCUGCUUGAUGGACAUGAACGCGCUGCUGGACAGAUUCCACAAUUACAUCCUCCCGCACCUGCGGGGCGAGGACCGCGUCUGUCAUUGCAACUGUGGGAGGCACCACAUUCACUACGUGAUCCCCUACGACGGAGACCAGUCCGUGGUUGACUCCUCAGAGAACUACUUUGUGACAGACAACGUGACCAAGCAGGAGAUUGACCUGAUGCUGGGGCUGCUGCUGGGAUUCUGUAUCAGCUGGUUCCUGGUGUGGAUGGAUGGGGUCCUGCACUGUGCCGUGCGGGCCUGGAGGGCCAGUCGCCGCUUCGACAAUUCAUGGUCCUGGCUCCCCAAAUUCUGUAGUCUGAAGGACUUCCGGAAACGACCCCACCGGCCAUAUGAGGAGCCCACAGGAAACAUGGUGCACAUCAAACAGAAGCUUUACCACAAUGGCCACCCUAGCCCCCGGCACCUCUGAGCCCCUGCCUUGGCUUGGCUAAGCCCAUGGAGGGACUUGGGACACAUGGACAGACCAUUGGACCGCAGGGUGGUCUGUGUCUGUGGCUAUAUUCCCUGGGGGCCUGGGGCCAAGCCCUAUGGACCUACAGCUGGCAGGGCCCAUCCUGUGUGGACCAGGAGCCAGCCUGGCCCUGGCCUGCUUGGGCCCUAGCACUGGACCUCUGUACAUAUGUAAGAAGGAUCUUUGCUUAUAAACCCUUCCCCCACCCCCAGGGGGCUAUACAGCCCAACCCCUCAGACCCUGGACAGCGCCUCUCUAGGGCCCCAGCCCUCUCCUGGCCCCUGGGCCCAGGGUGUCUGCUGCCUGGGCAGCCUGGGUGGUCAUCCUGCACUUGGGUGGGGCUCCCAGAAGAAGGUGCUGUGUCUUUUCUCUUUCUUUUUAGGGGCAUAGGGUUUGGGGUGGGAGGGGAUGGGAUGGAGUCCCCCUAGGGCCUGUCCUGAGCUGGGGUCAUCUGACUGUAGGUCAAGGAAAGGCCAGGGAAGAAAAUUGGGGAGGGGUAUGGCUCAUCAGAGAGAUAGGGUAGGACACGGAGUGGGGGGUCCCUCUCUUGUAUCUGGGACUCUCAGGCUGUUUUGCUAUGUUGUGCCUCAGUUUCCCACGCUAGAAGUAGGAUAGGAGUGCCACACUUGAAAAUCCUUGAAGAAACACUGGAGGGAUGGAGAGGGGAGGGGUGACAAGGUUGCAUCAUCAAGCAGGGUGACCCCCGUCCUUUAAGUGCUUAGAGCUCUUGGCAGGAAGGUGCUACAGCCAGACAGGGUGGGGUGGCAGUUGGGUGACUUCAGAUCCCUGGCAGGGGAGGGGUGUGUGUGUAUGUGUGUGUGUGUGUGUGUGUGUCUAGAACGAGUGUGGGUGAUUCAUGGCGUUUAGGUCUUAAAAAACUGACGCCGGGGUGCUGGGGAGGUGGAGAGGGGAGGGAAGAGGGGCUGAGACAGCUCAGUCCCAGCUGUGAUUUUAGGAGUGAGUACCUGGUUGUUUCUGUUUCUGGUCCAUCCCCAUCCUCAUCCCCUGACCCUACCUCCUGACUCUGGGCUCUGUCCAGCACUUCUUAGCCCCUUGGGGCCCUGAGGGUCGCCCACUAAGUGGGGCCAGCCCUUGGCCCAUUCCAUCCCCUGGUUUAAUUCUGUUUCUGGUUAGCUCCUCUGUCUGGGAUCACAUCUGUUAUUAUUUUGUUGUUGUAGUUUUUUUUUAA